AAGUACAAAGAGGCCGUUAUAUACCUUGGUCACAAUAUUUGUCAUCGAUUUUAUACUUAUUCGAACUUUAUGGCACAAUUUUGCCAUUAUUUGGUUCAGCAUGGAUAUUGUGGGUACAUUUCACUUAUGCUGACUUGCUACCUUCCGAUGAUACAAGCAAAGAAUCUCGUUAUUGUCAGCUGUAUAAUAAGCAAUGUCAAGCUGAGGUUAUUAUUUAUUCGUUUGCCGCGUUAUUUUUAUGGAUUGUUAUU